AUGUCGCCCCCCUCGACUCUCCCUCCCGCCCCAGGUCUGAAUGUCAUCGCUCUGAUCUCGGGCGGGAAGGACUCGCUCUACUCGCUGCUUCAUUGCAUGCGCAACGGGCAUCAGGUGGUUGCAUUGGCCAAUUUGUAUCCGGCACCUAACAAUAUUCGUCACCCUGCCACACGGCCUGAUGAGACCAGCAAUACCAAAAACGAUGAUGAUAAAGCGGAUGAAAAGGAUGAGGAGGAUGAGGAGGAAGAAGAUAUCGACAGCUUCAUGUACCAAACAAUCGGCCACAGCGUCAUCCCGCUCUAUGAAUCCGCCCUCGAAAUCCCGCUCUACCGCGCCCCGAUUACCGGCGGCGCGGUCGACACAGCUCGUAUCUAUCGACACGACGCAGCAGACCAAGCAGCCGAGAGCAGCACCAGCACCAGCACCGGUACCGGUCUUGAUGCAGACGAAGACGAAACAGAGGCACUUGUCCCUCUUCUCCGCCGUAUCCAAAAAGCCCACCCGGAGGCCAACGCCGUCUCCGCAGGUGCCAUCCUCUCCACCUACCAGCGCACCCGCAUCGAGAACGUCGCCAGCCGACUGGGUCUCGUCCCGCUAGCCUGGCUCUGGAUGUAUCCCUCGCUACCUGCACCAGCGGAGCGGAGCAAUGAUGAUCCCAGCGCCGUGGCCGAGGCGGGGUUGCUGGAGGAUAUGGCGGCGUGUGGGUGCGAUGCGCGCGUGAUUAAGGUCGCGUCUGGUGGGCUAGAUGAGGCCUUUUUGUGGGAGAAUGUCUCUGCAAAUACUACUGCGGGUGGUGGGCUUGCGCUGCGCAGGCGCAUGCUUCAGACUAUGGGCCGGUUUGCGGCGCCCGAGGAUAUUCGGGGUGCGGUGCUGGGCGAGGGCGGCGAGUAUGAGACGCUUGCAGUGGAUGGGCCUGGGUUUUUGUGGAAAAAGAAAAUCGUUGUUGAGGCCAGGGAGCCGAGGUCGGGCGAGGGGGGUGUGGCUUAUAUGAGAUUGAGGCGUGCAAGGUGUCUUCCCAAGGUGUCUGAGGAAGAGGAGAAACAGCAGGUCUUUACGCCGCGGGAUGUGAGGCAGCCUGCGUUGCUGGAUGCGUCUUUUGCGACAGCUUUGGAGGAGCUGGUUUCUUCUGCGUCGUCGACUCAGAAUAUUGCAGAUCCUCUUGCCAAUUUGAGGCUCUCGGCUGACUCUACAGAAUCGUCUGAAUGGCCUGCUUGCAAGCCGUCCACCCGCAAGUCCGCCAUGACGUGGACGGUUUCGAAUCUCGCUGCGCCCGAGGCUGGUCCUGGUGCAGGACAGCAGAUGCAGGCCAUUGCCACGCAAAUCAUCGAGGCCUUGACAACAUACUCUCGUCCUUCUGAUGCCGGCCCUCUGUCUACAGACGACAUCAUCUUCGCUACGUUAUUGCUCCGUUCCAUGGACGAUUUUGUCCUGGUGAACAGGGUCUACGUCUCCCUAUUUAAGAAACCCAACCCACCCGCACGAGUCACAAUUGCCUGCGGCGACCGACUGCCGUCGGAUGUUAAGGUGAUGGUUUCACUUGUGGUUGAUGACCUUGGCCCGCGAGACCAGCGCCAGGGCCUGCACGUCCAAUCCCGGUCAUACUGGGCACCGGCCAAUAUCGGUCCCUAUUCGCAGGCCAUGUCUAUCCCUCUGCACGGAGACAGCAGAGUGGUUUACAUUGCCGGUCAGAUCCCGUUGGUGCCUGCAUCUAUGGAAGUGGUGGGUCGAGAAUUGCCGUGGUUUGAGGGAUAUUGUCACCGGGCUGUACUGGCUCUCCAGCAUCUCUGGAGGAUUGGUGAUGCCAUGCAGGUGGGCUGGUGGCUGGGCACCGUGGCAUUUCUGGCUGGCGAACACGCCGACGUAAUGGCUCGUUCGGCAUGGCAGCUCUGGGCGAACAUGCAUGCUCGUUCAGAUGACUCAGAUGACGAAGACAGCAAUGAUGAGAGCCCGCAGUUGGAUGCCUGGGAUAUCAAGUACGGACGCCGUGCCGAUGAGCUGGCUCCGCGUGCGGUUGCGUCAAGGCUGCCCAAGUUCGCUGUCUUUGAUAUCACAUCUGCCAUUUCCGUCCCGCCCUUCCUGGCCGUGCAGGUCUCUGAAUUACCCAAGGGUAGUGAUAUCGAGUGGCAGGGACUGGGGAGUCGAUGCGAUCAAGCUCGCGUGGAUCUGGAUCUUCCAGGUGGGAGUAUCUCCUCUACCACGGAUGGCAGGUACAGCUACACUGCUUUGGAGUUCGAUGAGAAGUCUGAAGAACUGGAGAUGAGCCUGCAAUCAGUGAUCCAGACCCAUGGCGGUGACUCGAGUCUGUCGCAGGCCGUGCUAUACACCACAUGCCCUGAGCCCAACGGCUUCUGGCCGGGGCAGGUCGUCCCAUGCCUGUCGGUUUGGGGACGAGAAGGGCGACGAUUGACGGCGGCAGUGAUGCUACAUAAAAUGGGUUCGUCGUGGGGCCCGGAGGAACAAGCAGCCACCCCUCGCAGCAGCACGCCUGCCAGCUCCGAACCCAUCGAAGAUCUGCGACCGUUGACUCGCUCCCCACACCCCUAUCACCUCCGCAGCAGACGGCUGGGAUCGCAAACUCCCCCCGAUUCCAGCGACCGUCUCCACCCGCCCUCCUACUACUCCAGCAAGUCCUCCCGCACCCCUAGCGACAGUGGCACAGAGGCCGACGAUGAGAGCACCGGCAUCCUCAAGGGUCUCCCGGCCCCGCCAUUGCGUCUUCGGAAGGGCCUGCGUCUAGCUGGUAAUGGCGCCGUCGACGUCGAUCCCUGGUUCCCCACCCUGCAGCCGUGGCCGUCGAUUGUGCGGUCAACGCCCCGGGGCUCGCGUCGGAGUUCGGCGGAGGAAGCGGAAGAGGAGGCGGUUGAGGCGCGUCUGAAGCUUAACCGGAAGAGUCGCGUUGAGGUUCUGAGACGGCUUUUGGAGGCUGCGCUUUUGCUGUCUGUGGGUGCUGUGGUUGUGUUGCGGCCUGAUGCCCGGUCGUUUGCCUGGGCUUGGAGAAAAGAGCUCGUUGCGCAUGGCCUGCUGGUUAUUGGCCUGUAUGCUGCCUAUCCAGUUGUCCUGCGUGUGUCGAGAAACCGAACCUGGCGCAUCUGGCCUUCGAAACGUCCGUUUUUCUCCAUCCCUGCUCGAUUCGAUCCGGCUCCGCUGCUCUAUCCAAUCUUCAUCCCGGUCUUUGUUUCCUUGUCUCUCACGCAACACUACCCGCCAUUGAUCCUCCCUAAUAUCCUUCUCGGCCUUUCGUCGCUCCCUGCGCCGGUGAUUCCGCUGCGCGACUGGGUCCAUGGCUUCAGCAUCCCCCAUUGGAUGGUGACUCUGAUUCCAGUUCUGGUCUCAGAGCAUCUCUCCCUGGACUAUAUACUCCCCAAACCACUAUCGCUUCGCGGGGUGGAUGCGGAAACGUUGCUUCUUCUUUUUCCUUUGCAUCAAGCGUUGAUACCCACUUUAGACUUUUUGUUGACGACCAGCGUUCUGCCCGCGGAGUUGCAGCUUUUGACGACCGCUUUGACCAAUCUUUACCUCUUUGCAGCCUCUCCACAGGCGGAAAUCCUCAAAGCCCUGUUGUGGCUCGGUGGCCUGUGUAUAUUUGUUUCGUGCCGCCAUAUAAUGCGCUGGGAGGUCGCCCUGGCUCGAAUUCCCAGCUGGAAGUUUCGCCGUGCUCCCAAUGGCUCGCGAUCGCUGCGCAAGUUCCUGAACAUGAUCGACCAUCGACUAUGUCAAAGAUUGAGCGGGACACGUGUGUCCGACGAACCCACAUCCGACAGCGACGGGCCCGGUGGCUACUCGGCCCUAAAACCACGCAAAACGAAGACCAUGCGUGAUCUCCAAGACUUGGAUUCGCCUGCAGAACCUGUGUCUGCAGUGGGCCAUGUUACCACGGAAGAGAUCUUCGAGCAACGUAUUCAUACUGUGCAGCGCAGGCGACAUACUAUCUCCACGUUUGAAGAGGUUAUUCAUGAGGAGAGGGUUCGCACCACGCCUAGUGGCCGGCGCAAGAAGUCUAUGGGGCCCGGGCUCGCCUCUUUCCUGUCAUUUACUGCAGCCCAAGCGCAGGUCCGCAAAUGGGUGUAUGCUCUGUACGUCUACGCUGUUUCAGUGGCGAUUAUCCUCGGACCAAUCCGGAAAUAUGUGGCCGAGCGCGCGCUACAAGGCCAAGAUCCGUUCGGUUGGGCUUUGGGGUACUUGCUGGGCAACUUGUCUGCGGUUCGAUUCUGGGUUCUCAUGAUGAAUCUCGAGUAUUGGAUUCAGCUCCCGCCCCGUGCUGAUCCGGACAUCCCGCAUGCCUCCUGCUGGCUGGGAUGGGUUGAGCAUCUCCGGCAGGCGACAUUUGGGCCUGCCAACACCCGUCUUUUGCUCAGUGGAUACUGUGUUCUGGUGUUGCUGACAGGGCUGGCCGUGGUGUUCCAGCUUAGCUCUAUCGCCGAAGUUGACACACGGCGUAAGGUCUUCCACGGCAUGAUGGUGUUGAUGUUUCUUCCCACCGUCUUCGUGGACCCAACAUUCUGUGCUUUGGCAUUAGCGCUGGUCCUGUCGAUUUUCCUCUUGCUGGAUUUGUUCCGUGCCUCUCAGUUGCCCCCGAUUUCUCGACCCCUUACCCACUUCUUAGCGCCUUAUGUCGACGGUCGUGACCACCGUGGGCCUGUUAUCAUUUCUCAUAUCUUCUUGCUGAUCGGAUGCUCCAUCCCGCUCUGGCUGUCGCUGUCGGAUCUCCCGCGGUCUACCGAGGGUCCCUGGGCCGACUGGGAUGUUCCCACCCGGGACGUGAGCAUGGUCAGCGGUGUGAUCUGUGUCGGCAUGGGCGAUGCUGCUGCUUCCUUGGUCGGCCGUCGGUUCGGGCGACUCAAGUGGUUUUGGGGCGGCGGCAAGUCCCUAGAAGGCAGUGUGGCUUUUGCUGCCGCAGUAUCCUGUGGGCUGAUUUCUGUGCGUGCCUGGCUCGUGCUCGGGGGUUGGUCUGCAUCGGGGCCCGGUUCUGCCCCUGCUUCUGGUUUUGAUGCGCACUUUUGGCUCUGGACUACCUGCAAGGCUGUUUUGGCGGCAGGGGGCACUAGUGCCACGGAGGCCAUUCUCACUGGUUGCAAUGACAACGUCGUGGUGCCUAUUGUGCUUUGGCUGCUGGUGCGGGGGCUUGGCGUAUGA